UUCCUGCUCAUAUUGAAUUCCCCCUACUUUUUUAAUAUUUUUUUUAGAUUUUCUUUCUCUACUCUCGACAAAUGCCCCCCUCUCUCCGUCCAUUUUCAUUUUUAUAUUCUUUUUCCUUGGGUCCAUUUUUCCUUUUUUUCCUAUUUGAGAGCAUUUCAUCGUCCAUUCCUUUUUACUCAUUUCCACCCUCCUUCCCGUCCACAAUUUUAUUUCAUUGCUGCCAGCUACCCCCCCUCCCCCUUACCCCAUUUUUACUCACACACACUUGCAGCUUUACAUUCCCUUUUUCAUUCUUUUUUUACUUUUAGCCGUCCAUUCCCUUUUUUCCAUUCGGCCAUUCAUCAGAAUGAGGCCAAUUUUUAUUUAAAAGUACAAGUUGUAAAGAGCG